CAUUCUCUAUGUUGAUGGCUUCGCUUAUUUCCAGGCGGAAGAAAAAUGACGUCUUUGACAAUGUGCUACUUUUAUGUUGAGAUCUGCGUGAGUAGAGGACAUACAGUAGGAUUUGCUUGCCCAUGAACAUUGUAUUAACACACUGCUUGAUGGAUAAGUGAGCAUUGUUGUGGAAACACUUCUGGAAACAUUUUGUUUAAAUGUUAAACAAAAGCGUGAGACAAGAUUGUGGUUGAAGCUUCGACGUAUCCCAAUGCACUGGAUGCGGGAAACGUCCCGUCCAGGUGGUAGAAGAAUGGAAAGUAACAAGGCUGAGCAGCUUUAUCAUGAGAAGCAGGUGAAAGAGUUAUGCGCCCUUCAUGCACUCAAUAACCUGUUUCAGGAUAACAAGGCUUUCUCCAAGAAAGGAUUGGAUGACAUCUGCACUAGGUUGUCAUCAGACCAUUUCAUCAAUCCCCACCGCAGCAUGUUUGGCUUGGGGAACUAUGACGUCAAUGUCAUCAUGGCAGCAUUGCAAACCAAAGACUGUGAAACUGUCUGGUUUGACAAAAGAAAAGACAUUGACUGUCUUGUGUUCAAAAACAUCAAAGGAUUCAUCCUCAACAUUCCAACAGAAUUCAAACUCGGGGUAUUGAGGUUACCAAUCAAGAGGAAACACUGGAUUGCCAUUCGUGAAAUUCACCAGACGUACUAUAACUUUGACUCUAAGCUUCCUUCGCCGGAGGUCAUAGGUUAUGAGGACCAGUUUAAGACUUAUUUGCGCGAUCAGCUACAAAACAGAGAUGCAGAACUGUUACUUGUUGUGUCACAGGAUGUAAGCAGUGCAGUCUCCUGGAGGAAAGGGGAGGUAACCACAGACUGUAAUGGCAGCGACAAGAGUUUUUCAGGGUUAAUAGACAGUAGCACGCACAAAUCAAAUUGUGUGGUGGAGAACGGAGACACAUAAAGAAGAUGCGUCCACAUUGAUCAUGGAAAUGUGGGCACCUCAGUUGAUAGUAAUCAUGACUCAUUUCCUUACAGAUUUGCUCAUGCGUAACAUUACAUGUAUUUAACUAUACAUGUAACAUGGUGCAGAUGCUCAGUUCAGUGUUCAUUGAAAUUACAUGUAGAUCAUGUAUUUAUGUAUGUUGAAAUGGACUCAUUGUGUUGAUUUUAUUCUCUGUUUUGCAAGGAAAACCCACAGCAAAUUGACUAGUCAGAUAUGUGCAGAGUUGUUUUGCACCAAAUAUUCACUUUCACCUAAACAGUCCCUCCAUACAUUGAACGAACCAGGAUGCAAGUUAAAGACUUAUUCGAUAUUAGUAUUGCUUGUCAGGAAAUAAAUGUUAUGGAUCGGAUUUUUUAUUAGAUUGUCUUUAUUAGAAGAAUUAAGGUUGUGAGGAUUUUGGUGUUUUCUUUUCUGAAGACUAGUCUUUUAAUAAACUAUCACUGACAGUAGCAAAACUCAUGUUUGAGCUAAAGUUUAGAAUGAGCUUGGAAUUCAUAAAGUCAGCUGCAUAGGUGAGUUUACAUGGAAGAAAUCUGAGCCAAGUUUGAAUGUGCAAACUUGUGCAGUGAUGGUGACAGAUAAAUAUGCUGCUGCAAUGUGAGAAUUUCUCAAGGAAUUCUGUGGAGAACAGAACGAAACAAACAUUAUACAUGUGCAGUACAUGUGGCUGUAGAAUGGCUUUGUAAGCACAGAAUGUGGAAUGAAACAUUUGCCCUCUAGAGAGUACGAGGACUGAUCAGUGAUCUACAACUAAUUUCACUCUGUAAUGACCUGUGGGCUUGAGGGUUGCUAAACUGUAUUUGUUCAUUUUUUUUAAAAAUUCACUUGAAAGUCAAGUAUUUUAGGCAUAUUAUGAAAUUGUUUUGUGUAACAAGAUGUCCUUGAUAGACAGUGUACAACAUAUCAUGUAGCAGAGUAGCUAUUUUUAUUGAGGUUACUGUGGAGGGUAGGUAGUAUUAAAGUGAAUGACCCGACCAUUGCGUGUACAUGUAUGUUGUGAAAAUCAUCAGUCAGAACAUUUUUUUUUUAUUUUCAGCAAGUUUUAUGAAAUGAAUUACCUCAUGGCAUUGUUUUUAAUAACCUAAAUAAAUCUAAAAUCUAAAUGACCAA